CCCUGCUAUAAAAGGGGCUGAGCAAGCAAGGGGCAGCAGAGCCUGGGCACUGCACAGCCGCCACCGCUGCUGCCAUGCGGAGCCUCAGCUGCUGCGUCCUGCUCGCCCUGGCACUGCUUGGCCCCAGCACCGCUGCUGCCAGGAAGUGUGACCUGCAGGGGCUGUGGAGGAACGAGCUGGGCUCAAACGUGACCCUCUCGGCCCUGGACGCGGCUGGGACUUUCUCGGGAUCCUACCACACCGCCGUAGCAGCCACCAACAAGAAGAUCCUGGUGUCACCCCUCCAAGGGACCCAGCAGCACCCUGGUACCAAGAGGCAGCCCACCUUCAGCUUCACCGUGCAGUGGCAGUUCUCAGACUCUGCCACUGCUUUUGUGGGCCAGUGCUUCGUGGACCACCGUGGGAAGGAGACACUGGAGACCACGUGGCUCCUGCGCGAAGAGGUCCCAUCCCGCAGGGAUGCCUGGAAAGCCACCAGGGUCGGCACCUCCACCUUCACUCGCAUCAAGUGAUGGAAUCAAGGACAGCAUCUGCCAGCACCCUGCUGUCCCGCUGGCAGGCCAAGGCUCUCUGCUGCCCCAGGGCCGGGCUGCGAUCCCACCUGCUCCCCGCAUCCUGGCUGGGAAACAUUCUCACACUGCCCUGCUUCCUGCCAGCGUCUCCCGUCAUGCUGCUGGUGGGCUUCCCUUUCUCAUGUCUCGCUGCCCCUGCUCAUGGAGCCAAAUAAACCUUUCUCUGCCCAGCAGAGAGCUGCGUCCUGUGUGUCC